UGUAGGUUCGUUGUUAUUAGAACGACCUCAGCCUCCAAAUUCAUUUCAUUUCUAUAAAUUUGAGUUCUUAAAGCGGCGAACAACAACAAAGGCGAACGUAUAGACCACUGCGUUUAAGUUGUUGGUGUUGGUUAAAAUUUGUGAAACAAGAUGAAAUCAUUGUUCAUUUUCGGCCUUUUGGCCUUAUCGACCUUCACCUAUGCAGAGGAGGCGCAAAAAGCCGCCGAACCUAAAUCCGCUGAACCCGCACCUGCCGCCACCGAAGUGAAAGCCACCAGCACAGCUGAAAAGAAACAGGAGAAACGUGGCAUUAUUCACGGCACCGGCUACGGCUAUGGUGGUGGACACGGCUAUGGCGGUGGAUACGGCGGUGGUGGUAUCCUACUAAGUGGCGGACAUGGUGGUGGUGGGCUCAUCGGCGGCGGUGGAGGCAGUGGUUACGGUAUUGGUUUAGGCGGCGGCUUAGGCGGCGGAUUAGGCGGUGGUAUACCUACCAAUGUACAAACCAACUACGUGGAACGUCAAGUGGCCGUACCCUACCAGGUUGAACGCGCUGUACCAUAUCCAGUCGAGCGAAUCGUGCAAGUACCCGUACAAGUACCAGUGCCGCAACCCUACCCUGUCGAGAAAACUGUACAAGUGCCAGUUAGAGAGCUCGUCAAAGUGCCCGUACACAUACCACAACCCUACCCCGUAGAGAAGAUCGUACAUGUGCAAGUGCCCGUGCAUGUGGAUCGUCCAGUGGCAGUGAAAGUGCCCGUUCCAGCACCCUACCCAGUGGAAAAGAUCGUGCAAGUACCCGUUAAAGUGCCAGUACCACAACCCUACCCGGUGGAGAAGAUCGUACAAGUGCCCGUUAAGGUGCCCGUACAUGUGCCACAGCCGUACCCAGUUGAAAAGGUGGUGCAAGUGCCGGUUAAAGUGCCCGUCGAUCGCCCUUACCCAGUGCAUGUAAUCAAGCCAUACCCGGUGCCUGUUGAGAAACCUGUGCCCUAUACAGUUGAGAAGCGCGUCACCAUACCCGUGCAGGUGCCAGUCGACCAUCCAGUGCCAGUGCCAGUCGAUCGGCCAGUGGCUGUGCCCGUUAAGGUUGCUGUACCCAAACCAUAUCCCGUCAUCAAAGAAAUUCCAGUGCCCGUGGAACGUCAAGUGCCUUACCCCGUGAAGGUGCCAGUCGAUGUGCCGCGUGCCGUGCAUAUCGAACAGCACGUUCCUGUGGCCGUUGAGCAGCAUGUGCCCUACAAAGUGCCCGUUCCAGUGCCAGUCCAUCUGGAAAGCCAUGUCGGACAUGGUAUCGGAAGCUAUGGUGGACAUGGGAUCGGAGGCUAUGGUGGACAUGGCAUCGGAGGCUAUGGUGGACAAUCGGUCAGCUAUGGUGGUUCGUACGGCUAUGGAAAUGGACAUAUCCACAAAAAGAAGUAAAUCGAAGCGAAAAGUGGCUCGCUGAGGGUGUGAGAUUUUUUGUUUAGAAAAAGGACUUACAUAUGUACAUUUAGAAAUUAUGAUUAUUUAGUUGAAAAUUUAAAAUGCAUGGCCAUUAUUGCUCGGAAAAAAACUUAUUCUAUGGAAACUGCGCUAAAAAGGGAUUGAAGUGAAAUGAGAAUAAGAGCGUGUAAAAUAAGCUUCAUCGGCGUUUGCUUACUCUUUCUUUUUAUUUGUCUUUUCCCAGAUGUAUAUUUUAGUUUUUAGUUUGUGAUAAAAUUUUCGAAUUAAACGAAGGCAUUGGGCAAGUACGAACGCCCUAAAGGGAAGCGCCAUAGCGACUGCCAAUGAUGGAAAUGUUUUUGAAGCCAAGUGGGCAAACAAUUUGUUACACGAUUGGAGGGUGUGGAACUUAAGUUAAGCAUGAAAUUAAAGCAAGGAAUAAUCACGAAGUUUUGGGCGAAUUGUAAAUAGUAAUUGUAAAUGUUUUAGCAAAAAUACGAUAGCUCUUUUGAUUUACCAAAAUUUAUAGCGUUUCCUUUAAUUUCAUUUAAAGUCCAUAAACUUGCCUGCCGCACCUAAUUUUCUUUAAAAAAAAAAUAUGCACAGAUUCGUAGUUUGCAACCUUGAAUUGUGCGAAUAUUUCUUUAUCUAUUGGCAAUUGCAUUUUUCAUCCGCUUCUCACAAGCGUCUAGU